AAUAUGGUGUCCCAGAGGAGAGCGACUCAAGCCAUUUUCUGUAUCUUCUUUACUUCUUACGUAGCUUUCUUCCUAUUCAUCAGAAAGCCAACGGACACCGAUGACCCUCUUACGGACAGCCCGCCCGAUGACACAUUAACCAGGGAUGUGCUGAACUCCUUGGUCAAGUUACUUAAUAAUAUCGGAGCGAACUAUAGGGAUCUCAACGUGGAUGGCUUGUUUGGUCUCAGAAUCACCCAAGGGCAGAUUUAUGAUGCCUUUGUUGAAGCCAGCAAAGGAUAUGUCAAAAUAACGCCUACCAUACACAAAAAGGUAGAGGAGGUGGUCAACCAACUGAACAAACUAGGAGAUGCCAGCUUCAAGAAUCUCAUGGAAACUGGAUCAGCGUACAGCCAAGAAUUUAGGCCGCUUCUGUCCGGAGCAUUGAAUGUGACUGGGGGAUACCUUCACGUCAAUACCGGUCUCCCCGAGGUCAAAUUUGACGAGGAGUUCGAACGAAAUAUGAUGGUCUACAACGAAUCAAUGGGUGAUGCGUGCAUGACUUCGCUGAUCGGCACAUUGCAAGAUAAAACGAAAAGGUUAAGCUUCCCAAAGUGCACCGUUACUCAAGAGUGUGUAGAUUACAUGCUUGGUGUGGAGAGCAAAACAAUGACCGGUUACGGUCCGACCCAUUCAGCACUUUACGUCUAUGUCGCCAGAUGGUUUGGUUGUGAGCCGAAUGUCCAAUCACACUUGAGCACACCGUUGGUGUCGGUACUGAAAGACAUCUGCAGCAGAUCGUACGCCGAGGCGAAAAUCCUGAUGAAGGCGAAUUUCCAGUUUCUUGACGUUUUCAUGGAAACAAUUGCAAUCUGCGGAGGAAUGUCGGGAUUUGAGGAGUUUUUUCGAAAAGAUUGGUGGGAUUUGAUCAGCUAUUUACAGGAUGAGUCUGGUUGCUAUAAGUCGGUAGUAUCAGAUGAUUUCAAAAAGAGAGCAGAGAAUCUCCCACAGAGUUUUCAUUCCAGAAAGUUAUUGUGGGAAGCUAUCAUGAAAAACGACUGCAGCUCUCACACCAGCGGAGUAGCAGCAGGUGCCAUCGGUGCCUUUGCCCGUUAUCUCAUUGAGCACAAUGGACACUUCUUUAAAGAAAAUUAGAUCAAAGAACUCCGUGACCACCUGCAUCCAUUUCCCUCCACCGGAAAACAUAUCGCUGAUCUUCUGCUUGUAGGCGAUCACAUCCGCCAUUGUUGUCACCUGAUCGACGUACGGAGGUUUGACGAGAUCUAGAGCCGAUGCAAACGCCCUCUUACGUCGCUUGAAGAAGUAUUGACAAUUCACUUGGAUGUCUUCGAGUUUGUUCCUCAGGCUUGUGUGAUACUCUUGGACCUUGACCUCUGAUAAUUUCGAAUGGCCUGAAUGAAUGCAACAAUAUAGCGAAACAAAUUAUGGGAUUUGGUAAUACACAUGCACCGAGCUUUCGAAACCUUCAAACUAAAAAUGUUAAUGUCAAAGGUACCGACAACUAUAUAAGAAUUUUUAUUUUUUGGAUUAAACCUGAAUAUUACUAAAACUGGUGACAUGCUCUCUUCAAUUG